AUGGAUGAUAAAAGAAGUUUCAGUGCAGAAACUGCGUGGACAGUCGAGACAUACGUACCACGGUUUUAUAGAGAACCACGACAGGAUGAUGGCAGGAUUGAAAAGUAUGGCGGGAGAGAGCAAAUAGUUUCUGGAGAAAAUGGAACGAGGCUAAGUCUCCAUGAAGAUAUGAUGAUCUUAUUACUACUCCUGGCUGUACCAGCGUUCGGUUUAGACAAUGGCCUUGUCAGAACUCCGCCAAUGGGAUGGCUUGCUUGGGAAAGAUUCAGGUGUAAUACAGACUGCAAGAACGACCCUGACAACUGUAUCAGUGACCGGCUCUUCCGAACGAUGGCUGACCUUGUGGUUUCGGAAGGGUAUGCGGCUGCCGGUUACGAAUACAUCAACAUAGACGAUUGCUGGCUCGACAAAGAGAGGUCAUACACGGGUCAACUCCAACCUGACCCUGUGAGGUUUCCUCACGGCAUUAAGGACCUAGCCAACUACGUUCAUUCAAAAGGACUUAAAUUUGGCAUAUACGAGGAUUACGGAAACUAUACUUGUGCGGGCUAUCCAGGAAUAUUGGGAUCUCUGGAAUUGGACGCUUUAACAUUCGCAGAUUGGGAUGUCGAUUAUGUAAAACUAGACGGAUGUUAUGCUCAUCCUCGAGAAAUGGAUAUAGGUUACCCUGAGUUUGGCUUUUACCUAAAUAGGACUGGUAGGCCAAUGGUGUAUUCUUGUAGCUGGCCUGUUUAUCAAAUAUAUGCUGGUAUCCAGCCAAAUUUCUCAUCGAUUAUUGAUAGCUGUAAUCUGUGGCGAAAUUUUGACGAUAUUCAGGAUUCUUGGUCAAGUUUGGAGAGUAUAAUUGAUUAUUACGGUAAUAACCAGGACACUAUUGUACAAAAUGCAGGCCCAGGUCACUGGAACGAUCCGGAUAUGCUUAUCAUUGGAAAUUUCGGCCUGAGCUAUGAACAAAGCAAAACACAAAUGGCAAUGUGGGCAAUUCUGGCAGCACCACUUUUGAUGUCAGUCGAUCUUCGCUCAAUAAGACCAGAAUACAAAGCUAUUCUACAAAAUAGGAAAAUUAUUGCAGUAGAUCAGGAUCCGCUUGGUAUCCAAGGAAGAAGAAUUUAUAAACACAAGGGUAUUGAAAUAUGGGCCAGGCCUAUCAGUCCACUAUUUCAAAAUUACUUUUCGUACGCCAUAGCAUUCCUCAACCGAAGAACAGAUGGCACACCUUCUGACGUUGCUGUGACUCUUCAGGAAAUGGGACUCAUUGCUCCCGGUGGCUACCGGAUUGAAGACCUUUACGAAGAUGUUGAUUAUGGAGUUUUAACACCACAGACAAAAAUUAAAGUGAAAGUUAAUCCUUCAGGGGUUGUGAUCUUAAGAGCAAAUGUACAACCAUCUUAUGUUCAAACAACGCCAUAUGAUCCAUUUAGACAAGUAUUUCCUGCAGUCGACCGAACAACUUUCAAGAAAAAAUAAGAAGAAAGCAAGAAAAGACCAAAAUGCAGCCUAUUUAUCUCAACGAAAUAAUCCCAAUUCAGUUUGAUGACUGGAUUUUUGUAUUUAUAUACUCAUAUUGAGACAUACCUACAUAACGAAAUUUGACAAAAUCUGAAAUUAUUUGCUCCCAAAAGUAAAUUAAACAAAUAUUCUGAAAUGAACUGUUUUCUCUUGAAGUAUGCCAUAGAAGUAUUUGAAAUAUGAAUCAACUGAUGACUUCCUUUCAUGAAGCUAUAUAGAAAAAUCAUUCAAUUCGCAGAGUCUCUUAAAUUUAUUUAGAAUAUUUUACCACAUAACAAUCUAUUUAAUUAUGUAGUUUCAAUAAAAAGAAAAUUUUAACAACAAACCAAGCAAUAAAGUAUGAUCUCUCCUUUAAUGUAAUAAUAAUGUGUAUAUGUAUGUGUUUUGUAAAUAUUCUUCUCUAUAACAUAAAAAUAUGAGAACUGACAAUGAAAGAAAUGAGCUAUUUAAAUAAUUUGAUUUUUUUUUUAAUCGAAAACAGUUAUAUAACAUAUAAAUAUUGUAUAUUUCACAAAAGCAGUAGGACUGCAGUAAACAGGGUUCAUAAACCAUGUGUACUAAUAGUCAUUAUAAUCAUCAUCAUCAUAUUCAUUUCUUCUCAAAUAUUGUAAUGCAGUGUGAGGUUGCUGUCAGUAAAACUUGGACCUCACAAGUCAUAUAGAAAACUAAUUAUGUAUCUAGAAACGGUAAUGAUCAUCAACAAGAACACAAAAAAUGAGGACUCUCAUUUAAUGUCAUACUUGAAAGUUUUGUUUAAUUAGUGCUCCAUUUUUACUCAUAUUGGCAGCAACAAUAUAAUUUAUAUUUAUUUUUUAUAAAAUGUAAAAUAAAAAUCUAUUUACUACUAUACUUAAUAAGGGCUAGUACAGUUUUUAUGAUUCAUUGAAGUAAUUUAAAUAAUAGUUUUGAUGAAAGAAAAAAAGUAUUUAUAUGAUAUUGUAAUUAGUAAUAAGUAUAGAAAAAUAGUUGGAAAAAUUUAAAGAUACUCAGUGAACCAAACCUUAAACUGUAAAUAAGAAAAGGGUUGUAAGUGAUUUAUAACUGUCAAUAUGUAAGUAGGAAUCAAUCCAAGAGAAUUUUGUUUUCACAAAAAUAUUUUCUGACAGUAGUUCGAUUCAAUAUAUGGAGGUUCUUUUAUUUUUUUUUUUUUUUUUUUUUUAUAAAUCUUAGUAAAAUUGUAUUAGUUGAAUAGUCAGAAGAACCAAAGUAUGACUAUUGUUUAGACUUUUGUUAACUUAUCUCCUUUCAUAAAGAUAUCCAUUUUUUGUUUUUUGUCCAAAAACAUUAUUAAUUAAUUUCUUAAUUUCCUAACAGAAGGGAUAGUAUCUUCUCAUUAAAACACUUCCAAUAGUUUAUCAUACAAAGAAGUUCUUAGAUUAUCCUAAUUUUUUCCCAUUUAUUUAAUUUUUAUCAUGUCUUUAGGCGUUUAUCUGAAGAACUUCUGGAAGUGAUGCAUGAAGUAUUGUGUCAGAAUAUAUUUUAUCAUGUUAAAGUAUUGUGAAAAAAUGUUGUGAAAAAAUACAAAUAAGACAACAAAUAAAAAUGCUGAUGCAUGUCGUGAGUUAUGAAAUUUAUCAUAUAGUUAAAAAAAAAAUAAACAAAAACAAGGCCUUCUAUGGUAAAAAAUCUAUUUCACAUAUAGCUAAAAUGCCUCUUUUCUUUAAUGUUUAGCAAAGAAUGUUUUAGUUCAAAAAAUUUGAAAAUUUAGACAGUGAACUUUCUCUUAUGAUACCUUAUUUUUCCAAUUAAAUAGAAAAUUAAGUUUAGAGCUGAAUAAGAUUUAAAAAAUUUAGAACAGUAAUGAGCAGUCAUAUUGACUGAAAUAAUAAAUGAACUCAUUUGUUAAUGUUAUAGAUAUUUUUUAUUAGUAUUAUUAUAACAACCAAUAAUUUGUUACGCUUUACCAUUUUAUUCUAAUUUCAAGUUUUUGUCACAAAUUUUUUUUUUAUAAAUUAAAACAUAAAUGUUUUAUAUUACAAUAAAACAAAUUUAAA